AUGAAGAACCAUAUGCUUUUCUGGGCAGUCCUGGCUGUUUUUGUAAAGGCUGUUCUUGUGACAGCCCAAAAUGAAGAGGAAAGGACUGUGCUCGCCGACAAUAAAUGUCAGUGUGCUCGAGUUACUUCCAGGGUCAUCCGCAACCCUGACAACCCUGUGGAGGACAUUGUGGAGAGACACAUUCGAAUUAUUGUUCCUCUGAACAGCAGAGAGAAUAUCUCUGAUCCCACCUCACCAUUGAGAACCAAGUUUGUGUACCAUUUGUCUGACCUCUGUAAAAAAUGUGAUCCCGUAGAAGUGGAGCUGGAUGAUCAGGUAGUUACUGCCACACAGAGCAACCUAUGUGAGGAUGACAGAGAGCCCGAGACUUGCUACACUUACGACCGGAACAAGUGUUACACAAAUGUGGUCCCGCUCUCCUAUGGUGGCAAGACCAAGCUGGUGACGACAGCCCUGACGCCUGAUUCCUGCUACCCCGACUAG